CAGUAUAUAAAAAUGAUUCCUUUUGCAUGUGGUUCAUAGUUACUUGUCAAGUCAGAGCAAUCAUAUAUCAGACUGAAGGAGACAAAUAACGAUCAUCAUGAAAGGGAUAUGCAUUUUGGUGACCGUUGCCGCGGUGAUAGCUCUUUCCGAGGCUUUUAGCUGUCCAACAGAUACUCCGACCGAUAAAAUUGUCUACUUGCCUCACGAAGACUGUCACAAGUACUACGAGUGCAAAAAUGGAACUCCAAACCUAAGGGAUUGUCCAAACGACGAGAAUGGCGUGUAUUGCGACUGUCCAUGUUCAUCUGCUAAGUGCAAGAUGCAUUACGACGACGAAAAUAUCGAGAUCUGCGUGAAGAAGAAUUCUUCUCCCACAACAGCGUGCUCCACAACACCGUCUCCCGCAACACCGUCUUCCUCAACAGCGCCUCUCACAACGACGGCAUGAAACGUCAAUUGCGACAUCCUCGACGGAGAAUGCGACACCUAAGGAGCCUAUCUUCUAUUAGAACUAAGAAUCUGGCAUACGUGUCAUCGUUGACAAUAUACGCGAACCUCGAAGUUGCAUUGCAUUUCCACCAUUGAAUAAAAUGAAACCUAUGUUCAAAAAAUGCCUACGUUUUCUCUGUCACCUGUUCGAGUAGCCUGAAGCAUUGAAACGUACUGUUUGAAACGCGUCAAUUUACAAAUCGAUUGUUCGAUACCCUUACAGUAACAUUAUAAUCUUAUAAAACGUAAAGCUACGCUCUUUA